AUGCUGCCUAGGGAAGCAGCCCUGUGUUCCACGCUCUCGCCGGCCCGGCAGGCACGGAAGGACUUCCUGGCGGACGUUGAGGCCCGUCCGACCCCGCACCCCUCGGCUCUCUACCCGGACCUGGAGGAAGACAUGCCUGCAGAGGUGCUGGAAGUGCUGGAUCCUGACAGGAAGCUGGAGGACACAUGGGGUUAUUGUCAGGACAUCCGGAAAAGAAUGAAGGAACCCACAAAACUUUCAAAAAAACGUUCUACGCAAGUCUCCCUGGGGUGUCCCAAGAAGGCUCCUGUGUCCCAUCCAGGCCAAUGGCUUUAUGAAGAAAAGAAGCCAAGUGAAACAGAUCUGCCGUGCAAUGAUGGUCCACUUCUUCACGAAAACGUACGCAAAGGAGUUAGGGACUUCUGCAGCUGGGUUACUAAGUUUGGGGGCCUGAACAUUGAUGAGGAGUUCAUCCUGCAACAGUUUGACAUUAACUGUCAGAGCAAACCAAGCUAUAAUGUGCUCCAUACAAUGAGACCCAACCAGGUUCCUCUGGAGCUAAAGAAAAGGAUUGGGCCAAAUAAACUGCAGGAGCCACAGUUUUUCCAGAAACUACACUAUGAGCAGAGACUUCAGAAACCACAGAAUCCUUAUAAACCAAAGUGGGUAAAGAUGAGGUACGGAGCAUGGUAUCUGAACAUCAAGUUGUGGAAAAAGCAAAGAGCCGAUGAACCUUUGGUUGAUCCGAAGGUCUUACGUAAAGCUCAAGAUGAGAAUAUUAAAAAGGAGCUAUGGGAACAGGAGGAGUUACUUGCAGACCUUCAUGGAACAGUUGCCUUUAAGGAUUUCGUUCUGAGCAGGGGCUACAGGAUGCCGAGUUUCCUUGAGAAGAUGUAUAUGAGGAAGGAAUGUAAACGUGAAUGUAACAAGACUUCUGUAAAAUAA